UCCAAAAAAGAAAUUCAUGAUUUAAAAGCAUUAUACCAUGCGAAUAUUGCCAAACUUUAUGGUUUUUUCUAUUGAUCCCGAAGAUAGAAUUUUGAUGGUCGUUGAAUAUGCAGACUGCGGAUCGCUCUGCAAUUUAUUGCAUCGUACAGACAAGGAAGUUACAUUUUAUAUGGGCCUUGAUUGGAUAUUGCAAUGUGCCGAGGGUAUGGAAUAUUUGCAUGGCAAAAACAUCCUGCAUCAGGAUCUUAAGACAGAGAACUUGCUACUGUUUGAUAAUUUUCGGAUAUUGAAAAUAUGCGACUAUGGUAGAGUAAAGGAAUUCGCUACCAUGAAUAAGAAGUUCAGUGGGAUUGAUAAUAAGGCUCCAGAGGUUCGCACCAAUAGAAAAUAUACAGCAAAAAGCGAUGUGUUUAGCUUCGGUCUGCUUUCAUGGGAAGUAAUGUCUAGAAAAAAAUCUAUGGAGACCAUAAUGAAUGGUGAUCGUCCAAAUCUAAUUGAAAUGAUGAAACAUGAGGAUAUUGAUGUCGUAAAAUCAAUAAUAAAGAAGUGCUGGGAUCAAGAUCCAGAUAAACGACCUUCGAUGAAAGAACUUUGUGUACUCCUUAAAAUUUAUCCGUUAAUUAAUUUUGACGACAUACAAAUUGGAAAAAGGUUUGAGAAGGGUGGCUUUGGUGUAAGCUACAAAGCAAUUUGGAAAACCGAAGGUCAAGAGAAAGAUGUUUCUGCGAAAAUACAUUCAGAUAAAACUUCAAACUCUGAGAAAGUUUCAAGAAGAACAGAAAUGCUAUUUCUGAAGAAGGCUCACAAUUUAAAACAAAUGAAGCACGAAAAUGUUGGCACAUUUUACGGCGCCUCCAAAGAUCCAGAAAACACCAUUUACUUUUUACUUUAUGAGUACUCCGAGUGUGGAUCAGUCCAUAAUUUCCUACAUCGCACGAAACACGAAUUAACCUAUGUUGAAAAGAUUAAUUGGAUGUUGCAAUGUGCUAAGGGUGUGGAGUAUUUGUGGAGCCAAGGAAUUACUCUUCCGUUUAUUAAACCACAGACCUUAAUGCUUUUCAAUAAUUUUCGUACCUUGAAGGUAUUCGAAUAUGUAUCAACGAAAGAAGUAUCAAAGUUUAAUGAACAAGAAAUGGCACUGUUUGCUUAUAUAGCACCAGAAAUUCAUGAUGCACGUAAGAAUUUCGAGUUUAAGAAAAGUUUAGUAUUUAGCUUUGGCAUUAUAUUUUGGGAAGUAAUGUCUAGGAAAGUGCCAUUUCACAAUUAUGAAAUAGCGGACGUGCCUAAAACUAUUAUUUCUGGAUCUCGUCCGAAUAUAGAUGAUAUAAAAUCAUGCAACGAUGCCUAUCUUAUCAAACCAAUAAUUGAAAAGUGCUGGGAUCAAAAUGCAGAAAAUCGACCAACGAUCAUGGAACUUUCCUCAUGGCUUUCAUAUAUAACUGCCGGAUAAUAAAAUAAGAGCUGUAACGUAAAAAUUGUAGUAUAUAUAAUGUUUUGUUGAACAGUAUCAAUAGACAAGGUGAUUCCGAAAACGUGGAAGAUUAGAAAACGAAAUUAUCACAUAAAAUCAGAUUAGUUUGCAAAUUCAUCGUUCUUCGCACUCACUCAAAAAAUUAGAUAAAUAAAAACCUUUUAUAUAUCGUUAACACUUUAACAUAAUUGUGGAAAAACAGUUCCGAGGAUACAUAUGAGGUUUCUGUAAAAUCUAAUUCAAAUUUUAUCUACAAGACCAAA